AUGUCCUCUAUUGAUGACGAUGAGGAACACGGAAAAGAUAAAAAGAAACGUAGGCUUUCCAAGUCAAGAGAGCUUGAACUGGCUUUGAAGUUAGAGGCUGCAAAGAAGGAUCCAGAAAAGGCUACUGAAGCAGAGCAUCACAAAGAGAAGAACGCGGAGAAGUGGAAGGAGAGAGUUGAAGGGCAACAAAAGGUUAGAGUGGAGAAGCAGCAAAAGAGAUCAGGGAAUAUUGCUGAUAGGAUUGAACAGAAAAAGCAGCGGAAGAUCGCCAAGAGGGAGAAGAAGCUCCUUCGUCCUGGCUUUGAAGGUCGCAAAGAAGGGUUUGUGAAUGAAGGUGGAAAGUAA